AUGAUCUCAACAACCUACAACUGUGUCGAUCGACAUGUUGAAAAUGGUAAUGGGGAUAAUGUGGCUAUUGUCUGGGAGUCAGCCGUGACCGGCGAAAACGCAAAGUAUACAUAUCGACAAUUGCAGGAUGAAGUCGAGAUUCUGGCAGGUGUUUUGAGAGAGGAAGGGGUUCGAAAAGGCGAUGUUGUCAUCAUUUAUAUGCCCAUGAUUCCGGCAGCUCUGAUUGCAGCACUCGCCAUCACCCGUCUUGGAGCCAUCCAUGCCGCUGUCUUUGGUGGCUUUGCACCAGCUUCUCUCGCCCAGAGGAUUGACGAUGCAAAACCASGAGCCAUAAUGACUGCGUCUUGUGGCAUCGAAGGAUCCAAGGGCCCCAUUCCUUACAGGCCACUUGUCGAAGGAGCCAUCGCACAGUCCAAAUUCAAACCAGAGAAAGUGAUCAUAUGGCAGCGAGAUCAACUACGUUGGAAUCAGCCGGACAAGGUUGGUGGACAGCGCAAUUGGCAACGCAUCGUGAGAAGUGGGCAGUUAAGGAAUAUUCGGGCUACCCCGGUGCCAAUUAGGAGUGAUGAGGCAUUAUAUAUCAUCUACACCAGCGGAACGACCGGUCUGCCUAAAGGUGUCGUACGCGAAGCCGGCGGACACGCAGUCGGUCUAAGCUUAUCAAUCAAGUAUCUAUUUGGCAUUCAAGGACCUGGAGACGUCAUGUUCUGCGCCUCUGACAUCGGCUGGGUUGUGGGUCACUCAUAUAUCCUAUACGCACCACUACUCGUUGGAGCAACAACCGUCAUGUUCGAAGGCAAACCCGUGGGUACCCCAGAUGCAGGCACUUUCUGGCGUGUCGUUGAGCGAAACAAAGUCAAUGUACUUUUUACAGCACCCACAGCUCUACGCGCAAUUCGCAAGGACGACCCAGACAACAAAUAUUUCAAAGAGAUUGGGGAUCGUGGAGGACUCAAGACCUUGAGGGCGCUAUUUCUGGCGGGUGAACGCAGUGAGCCUACCAUUGUACAGAAUUUCCAGGAUCUUCUCACAGCGCAAGCUGCGCCUGGUGCUGUAGUUAUUGAUAACUGGUGGUCGUCAGAAUCAGGCUCUCCAAUCACUGGACUGGCAUUGCGAAGUGACCUAGGCUAUACGCCGACGACAAAACAGGAACGGCAACAGCCUCCUUUUUCAAUCAAGCCUGGUUCGGCAGGAAAGCCCAUGCCGGGUUUUGAUGUUCGCGUCGUCGACGAUAACGGACAAGAAGUCAAGCGGGGCACAAUGGGCAAUAUCGUUCUAGCUAUUCCCCUGGCGCCAACAGCGUUCAGGACUCUCUUCAAUGAUGAAGAAAGAUUUUACAAGAGCUACCUAUUGCGAUUCAACGGUCGAUGGAUUGAUACAGGUGAUGCCGGCAUGAUUGAUCAAGACGGAUACGUGCAUGUCAUGUCUCGAUCUGAUGAUAUCAUCAAUGUUGCAGCACAUCGCUUCAGCACAGGCGCAAUCGAACAAGCCAUCCUCUCCCAUCCCCUCAUCGGCGAAGCAAGCGUAAUCGGCAUCCCAGACCCUAUCAAAGGCCACCUUCCCUUCGCGUUCGUGCAACCUCGCCAGCAAUCCACCAACAAAAAGGGUACUGUAAAUCUACCAGCGACACCUCCAACACAACUCUUCAACGAGAUUAACGCUCUCGUUCGCGACCAAAUCGGCGCCAUCGCCUCAUUGGGCGGAAUAAUCCAAGGUGUCGGCAUGAUCCCCAAGACGCGGAGUGGGAAGACAUUGCGGCGAGUGUUGAGAGAAUUAGUCGAGAAUGCGGUUGAGCAUGGUGACUAUGAGAGGAAAGUCAAUGUGCCACCUACAAUCGAGGAUGUGGAUGUUAUUCAAAUUGCGAGGGGUCGGGUAAAGGAGUAUUUUGAGGAGAGGGCGAGAGUAAAGAGUUUGGAAGGGAAGACGAAGCUGUGA